CUCGCGUCUUGCCACAACCCUGCUGAGGCAACCACAUCGCCUCCGGUGUCGUCGACGAACGACCAGCAUAUAUUCUACUGUCUCCAAGGCCACCGUUCACUAUCUGUUGCCAAAGCUUGAGGAACCCUAGGUGUAAUUCGCAAUAUUCCCGCAGCUAGCACGAAGUUGCAGCACUUCGUCAGCUUCCCUCGUCUGCGACUGGCCUGAUCACGACUCGACUUCCGAAGGAGACUCGCUGUCAGCGCGGAUAGAUUACUUGCAAUCUGGGGCCUUGCUUGUGGAAUCAGCAUCCAUUAAGCUUCGUCGUACCCACGGCGGUACUCCGCUGAGAACGGUUCUGUUUGAUCCAUUGGAAGGAGCAGUAGAGGUAUCCCGCGCAACAUGGACUUCAACUCGCUGGCAGAAAACGCGUCGCGGCUAGGCGCACGUCUGCAGGAAACACUCUCCGAGCAAACGCGCGACCUGAACAUCGCCAGGGCGUCCAGCUCAGCCUAUCUAGACAAUCCGGAGGACAAAGUUCGCAACAUCAAGAAACAGCUCGACUCAAACAGUGAUAGGGAGAAGCUGGAGGCUAUGAAGCGGCUCAUUGCGCUCAUCUCCAAGGGGCGCAACGUCUCAGAGUUUUUCCCUCAAGUGGUGAAGAAUGUUGCGUCGCAUAACCUUGAGGUUCGCAAGCUCGUAUACAUCUACCUUCUCCGCUACGCCGAAGACGAGCCCGAGACCGCCCUCCUGUCGAUCAACACGUUCCAGAAGGACCUCUCAGACUCAAGUCCUCUCAUCCGCGCAAUGGCGCUUCGGCUUCUAUCAGGUCUGAACAUGCCGGUCAUCGCCAGCAUACUUGUCUUAGCGAUCAAGAAAGCCGCCUCGGAUAUUAGUCCUUACGUGCGCAAAGCUGCUGCGCUUGCCCUCCCGAAGUGUUACAACCUAGAUCCCUCACACCAACCUGAGCUCAUACAAGUCCUGACGAAUCUGCUACGCGAUCGGUCGCCGUUAUCCAUCGGCUCCGUCGCCGCCGCCUUCACCACAGUAUGCCCCACACGCCUUGACCUUCUCCAUCCUCACUACCGCCGGCUGUCUCGCACGAUCAUCGAUGCGGACGAAUGGGGCCAAGUCGACCUGCUCGACUUGCUCACGCGAUACGCACGGACGAUGCUGCCACGUCCGACUGAAGAGGUUGACCCGGACCUUCGGUUACUCCUGAACUCGGCGGAGCCCCUUUUCCAGUCUCAAAACCCGGCGGUCGUAUUGGCUGUCGCACGCGUGUUCUACUACCUCGCCCCGCCUUCGGAAGUACCCAAGAUCGUCCUUCCGCUGCUCCGCCUCCUCCACACAUCGCGCCAGGUCGAGCGAGUCGUUCUCGCAUAUCUUCUCAUUGCGGCGCGCACUUUCUCACAUGCCAUCGCACCACAUUAUGCACGGUGCCUUAUACGUGCCGACGACGUCCGCCAGACGAAGGUUGCCAAGGUGCGCCUCCUGCGUGCCCUCAUUACGCCGGAAACACACCCAGCACUCCUCCGCGAGUUUACGGCCUAUGCGGAAGACGCGGACGAUGCCCUCGUGGCAGACUCCAUUCAAGCAAUCGGGUACUGUGCGCGCAUCGUCCCAGAGGCAACGCAACACUGUCUCAGUGCACUCAUGGGCUUUAUCCAGAGCAAACACGACAGCAUCGUCGCCAACGCGGUCAUCGUUCUCAAGUCCCUCGUCCAAAUCCGUCUCCAGCAUCAGCAAUACGUGCCCAUGAACGGCGAUCCCACGACGUCACCUCUGUCGAUCAUCGCCCGCCUCGCAUGGCGCAUCGACGAGAUCCGUCACCCGAAGGCACGCGCGUGCGUCCUCUGGCUCGUCGGGCAAUACGCGCCGGGCGACGCGCAAGUGAAAGGGUCCGGUAAGGGCAUCGAGGGCAUCGUGGAGUGGGCGCCCGACGUGCUUCGCAAGUCCGUCAAGAGUUUCAUGGAGCAGCCGCCGAUGGUGAAACUCCAGACACUGACGCUUGCCGCGAAGCUGCUCGUCCUCGCUCCGACGAACCGCACGCUCGCGCUCAUGGCCCGACACGUGUUGGCCCUAGCAAGGUACGACCAGUCGGUAGACGUACGUGACCGGGGACGGAUGCUCGCUGCGCUUCUCGUAGGCGUCGACGCUAGCGUCGCAGAGCCUUUGGAGGACAUAGCCGGCGUGACGCUUCGCCGGGAGCAGGUCCGUAUGGUCCUGUUCUCAGGCAAGUUGGGCGUCGCAGAAGAUACCUCGCGACACGACGACGAUCGCUUGCCAUUUGGCACAUUGAGUGCUGUCACUGGCAAAGAGACCCUGGAGAGCCACCUACCCGACUGGUUAGAGGAGGGCACCGAGCCCUCUCUCCGCGACUCAGAAGAGGAUGUGCCAGUGGCACCCGUGGUCACUCAGAUAUCCUCGCAAGCAUCAGCGGUCGCGCGCCCGAUCUCAGCAAGGUCGACGCCUAUCGUGCUUUCCUCAUCCGACUCCCGUGCAAACUCUUUCAAUCGCCAGAACGGCACCAAGGUCAACUGGCAAGAUUUGGAUAAGUUUUACGAGGAUACAAACGAAGAGGAGGAGGAAGAGACCGAGAGCGAGGAGAGUGAGGACGAGAGCGAGGAUGAUGAGGAGAGCGGCGAGGAUGAUGAGGAGAGUGAAGGGGAAGAUGAGAGCGACGAUGACCGAAUACAUGGGUAGCAGCUACAACGCAAUCUACAACAACAGCUUGUAUGAUACUGUCCUGUCCGUGGUGCACGCAAGAAGCAGGUCCGUUAAUACAACAGGUUUUACAACAAUGCACCCUCGGGGAGCUUGUAGUACAGAGGCUAUCGGUGAGGUUAGCCAUAAAUUGUAUGAUGGUGGUAGAAAGACACCUCACCGUAUCGAAAACAUGAUAGAAGUGACCGCGCUUGCCACCGAGUUCAGGAUAAUACUCCAUUGGGAACCA